AUGACUCUCAGUGGACUGAUCUAUGCAGCUUUGUCGAUGCAAGAGGUCCAGAUGCACACCAAUCAGACCAAUUUGAGCAUGACGGCUGUCGUAUCAGAGUCCACGCAGCUGUCCUACAUCUCAGAGGGUGACUGGCUCUUAUAUAACGGUGAGAUCUUUGACGGUCUGGAGGUCGAAGUCAGCACGAAUGACGGCAGCGCACUCUUUGAACGCCUUGUCGAGUGCAAAGGCGACGCGACUUGCCUCGUGACGAUGCUUGACAGCUUGGACGGACCCUUUGCAGUUGUCUUCUACUCGGCAGCUUCACAAACAGUUUUCUGUGCACGCGAUCCUCUUGGAAGGCGAUCUCUACUGGUGCUAGUGCGCCAAGAUUGCGUUCUGAUCACAUCGUGUGUGCCCCAACAUCUGCAAGCCAAGAGCUGGCAGGAGGUGCCCACGGACGUCAUUCUCACCUUUGACAUCCAACAGCGCGCCCCCUUCACCAUCACGAAAAUUCCCAGGCGUGGUCCGACACAGAUAACGACUGAACUACCUAUUAGUCUUGCCGCCGACACGUCGCUAGAGCAAGCGGCGCGCGCACUACUGGCCAGCUUGCGCGCAGCUACGCGUGCCAGAUGCACCAGCCUCGCCCGCGAACGUUCUGUAGCGAUACUGUUCUCAGGAGGACUAGACUGUACGACGCUCGCACUGCUAGCCGAUGAAUACAUCCAUCCGAGCCGACCAAUCGACCUCCUCAAUGUUGCUUUUGAGAACCCUCGCACCGUCAGCCUUGCAAAAUCUGCAAGCAGGCAGUGGGAUGUGCCUGACCGACUCACUGGCUUGGCAACACUGACCGAGCUGCGCAAUAGAAGACCGAAUCGCGACUGGCGUUUUGUUGCUGUCAAUGUCCCGUUCGCCGAAUACCAGAGCCAUGUCAGCACGGUCCUAGAAUUGAUGUUCCCCUCUAAUUCAGUAAUGGACCUCUCCAUCGCAAUCGCGCUUUACUUUGCAUCGCGAGGCAUAGGACAGCUUCAGGCAAGAGAUGGCAGCUCACAGCCCUACACGAGCGAGUCACGGGUCUUGUUAUCUGGCUUGGGUGCAGACGAGCAGCUAGGUGGCUAUGCACGUCAUCGUCGGGCAUUCGAUCUUGGCACUAUCAGUCAGAGCCCGGCCGAACCUUCUGAGCGCAAUCAUGCAAGCUCAAAGCAAGACUGGCUCGCGCUUGUUCAGGAGCUCCAGCUGGAUCUCGACCGAAUAGGUCACCGUAAUCUAGGACGAGACGAUCGCGUCAUCUCUUCGCAUGGCAAGGAAGUACGUUUCCCAUUCCUGGCAGCCAAUGUCAUCUCAGCUCUUGCAAACACGCCCGUCAAUCUGAAAUGCAACCCUGCGCUAGGGCCCGGUAUUGGCGACAAGCUAGUGCUACGCUAUGCUGCGCGAGAGCUACUCGGUCUGCAGCAUGCAUCCAAGCUGCCAAAGCGGGCGAUCCAAUUCGGCGCCAGAACAGCAAAGAUGGACUCUAGUAAAGAACAAGGUCACCAUGUUGUCGUACAACAGUAG